UGUCCAGUUUGAUUGUCACAUUCAAUGUCCAAUCUCCCACAGACGCCCAUCAGAUGAUAUAUUUGAGUUUCAUCACUGCUUUUCCACACAGAUAUCUCUCAGCUGACCAACGAAUAAGGGGCGGGUCCAGUGAAGGACGCAAAAGCCAAUCAGAUGCCUUGCUGCCAUCCUGUAUAUAAUGUGAACUUUUGGUGUGAAUUAGUCUGCAGCAAAGAGGACACUGAAGGCUGUAACGAUGCGUGCUACCUUUGCUCUUGCACUGCUCCUGGCCGUCGCCUGGGCAGACCACCACCAUCACCACGGCAGCCACCACAGCCACCACGAUGACAUGAUGAAAUGCCAGAAGCUCUCCCCUCCCAACGCUGACUUCGCCUUCUCCCUCUACAAGAACAUCAACUCCAAGACCGCUGCCGGAAAAAAUAUCUUCCUCUCUCCCCUUGGUAUUUCCACUGCCCUGUCCAUGCUGUCCACCGGGGCCCGCGGCGACACUCACCAGCAGCUGUUCUCCACUUUGGGCUACAGCGGCAUGGACCAGAACACUGUGAAUGAGGCCUACAACCACCUGUUUCAUAUGCUCGGACACAGCCAGGCAAACCAGGUACUGAACGUAGGCAAUGGUCUGGCUCUCCGCGACAACUUUGCUCCCCUCAACAGCUUCACCUCCGACAUCACAAAGCACUACUCCGCAGAUAUCUUCAAGGUUGACUUUUCCAAACCUCAGGAGGCCGCUGCAGAAAUCAACAACUUCAUUGCAAAUAAAACUCAUGACAAGAUUAAGGAUAUGGUGAAAGACCUGGACACUUCGAUGGCCAUGGUGCUUAUCAACUACGUCUAUUUCAGAGGACAGUGGGAGAAACCCUUUGACGGCAACCACACAAGCAAAGCUGAAUUUUUCGUGGAUGAAAACACCAAAGUGGAAGUGGACAUGAUGAAGAGGACGGGCCGUUAUGACUUCUACCAGGACAUGGAGAACCAUACCUCUGUCAUCAUGCUCCCAUACAAGGGAAAUACUUCCAUGAUGAUCGUGCUGCCCGAGAAGGGGAAAAUGAAGGUGGUGGAGGACAUGAUCUGCAAAGACCACCUGAGGCACUGGCAUGAUUCUCUCACCAGAAAUUCUGUAGAUCUGUUCUUGCCCAAAUUUUCUGUGUCUGGAGAUGUCGCCUUGGAUGAAAGUCUCAAAGAACUUGGCAUGACUGAUGCUUUCAGCGACAUAGCUGACUUCUCAGGCAUUUCUGAAGAGGUCAAACUCAAAGUCUCAAAGUCAUCGCACAAGGCUGUUCUGAGUGUAGAUGAGACCGGGACAGAAGCUGCCGCUGCUACGACGAUCGAGGUGAUGCCCAUGAGCAUGCCCGAGAGGAUGAUCCUCGACCGACCCUUCCUGAGCUUCAUCCUGGAGCACUCAACCAAGUCCAUUCUCUUCAUGGGCAAGAUCAGCAACCCCACCGAAGCAUAAAAGCAAAGAUUUAUCAUCCGAUAUUUUGACCAAGGUCCGUUUUUUUUUUUUUAUACAAAACACAGUCUAGUUUCUGUCCAGUUCAGGGUCAGUACCAGGGAGGGGACAUGGGGGGAGCACCAGCACCGUCUAGGAUGACCACUGCAGUCCCACAACCCCCAUGAAUAUUACUUAAAUGUUCCAAUGCCAAGUACUGUUCUAAAUGAAGCAAAAAAAAAAAAAAAAAAACCCACAACAACAUGUAAUUACACAUUAAGGUGCAAACAAAACUGUAAUGAAAAUAAAACUUUAAAACAGUCAGAAUGCGGGGAAUGCGGCACUCUGCUGUUGAAAGGCUCUAAAUUCCAUGUUAUGUGAGCACCACCAUAGAAGACCUCAUAGCCCCUCCAUCCUCCACCCAAGAAACAGUGUCUGGAGCCGCCUCUGGUCCAGUGGAAGUGCAGUUUGACCAGCUUCCAUGGAACUGUACAUAUUACCUAGCUUCAGUUGAAAUUUGUACUACUGUUUUUAUGCUAUACUUUUCCAUAUUGUUUCAUUGGGACAUGAAAUAAACAUUGGUUAAAAAGUA